AUGAAUGUACCUUUGGAGAAGCUCAAGGCGACUACCCUCAAAAAUAUUGAAGUGCUCCUCAAAAAGCUUCCUGAGGAGAAGCAUAUGCUUAUUGAAACCACGUUGCUUCGAGCCCUUGAUCGCAUAGUAUCUAUGCGGGUUCUCUCCAGCCUUGGAGUGAAAAAAGUUUUCAAAAUCCAGGAUUUACCUCCAGAGCCUUCUUUUUCCAGGUACAGUCAGUACUUCGUAGCCAUUAUGCAUCUCUUCAGACUUGUCUACUUAAUUACUCCUACUAAGCAAUCCGUUCAAACUAUAAUUAAUCACUCUGAGGUAGACCGCAAGGCUCAAAUAAAGAGGUGCAGAUUGGUUGCAUUCGUUCCUAAACAGACGGCGGCGGUAAAGACCUUGCUAGAGUCGCGAGGUAUCCUAGGGGACGAUCUUCAGAUUGCUGAUCUCUCCUUUGGUUGGAUCCCCAUUGAUAUUGAUCUAAUCUCAUUGAACCUUCCCGAGGUCUACACCAAUUACUUUCUCCAUGGUGACACCUCGUGGCCGUAUCACUUUGGACAGAUGUUGAGUCACGUUUUGGAAGCUACCCUUCAUGGUAGUCAAGCUCCCACAGACAUCAACCUUCACGCCUUUGGCAGUGCGGCUCAGGUCUCAGCAGCUGGCCUCAGCUCUGCUAUUUGUCAAAUCAGGACUAACAAGUUGAUCAGCUCGGAGGUCACUAUUGCCCCCGACGAUCAGGAUUCACCGUCUCACUCGUCACCUCAUCAACCGUUGUUCAUUCUCUUUAGUCGAAAUCUGGAUUAUGUCACACCAUUCAUGGUUCCAACCACUUUCGAGGCGCUGAUUCAUGAGGUCAUUGGAAUCGAUAAUGGCGUCGUAGAGCUGCCAAAUGUCGAAAAGGGGGACGUAGUGCCUACCAAAUUAAAUUUAAGCAGUUUCAAUAUUAACUGCUUCAAGGAUGUGAGAAAUGCGCACAUCUCUACCGUCCACAAGUGGCUGCAGGCACAGCGCUCUCUUCUGGAAGAUUCACGCACAGGACUAGGGUUUUCGCUGGCCGCAUUGGAUCGGACAAUGCUGAGUUCCGGUCAAGGUCCGCUCAUACCCAGUGUCUCCAGCCUCGCUAACCUUUCCUCCCAACUGAAGCCAAUUCUUUCUGUGCGCAAGGAACUCACUGCCCUUUUCAUCUGUCUUGAGGAGGUGAUGCGGAAGAUGGCAAACGAGGAACGAGUUGAGGAUCUAUUAGCAGCACAGACGGAGAUUUUGCAAUCGGGAAGCGGGGGCGCAUUGGCGAUGCCGGUGAUCUCGUCAUCAUCUUCACCGACAACCUCGGGUUCAAUCGCAUCAACUUCGUUGUCUCAACAGGAAGCAUGUGAACCUAUGCCCUCCGAAGCUGCCACGGGUACUUGUGCUGACGACCCUACUUGUCAGCCUGUCCGGCUCGCUCUUGAGUGGCUCUCCACCAGGUUUGGUGACCGCUUGACGGAGGCGGUGCGCCUACUCUGCCUCCUCUCCAUCACUCAUGACGGUCUAGGUGAGGAAUUGUACAGCCAGGUGGUCCGGCAUAUUCAACACGCCGUAGGCUUCUCGAUCUAUCCCGUCCUGGUGGCGUUGCGUCGUCUUCGCCUCUUGUACUCUCGACGUCCACGUGACGUGCCAACGGUAUCAGCGCAAUCUCAUGGUGAGGGACUGGAGGCUGCAGCGGUCUCGUCUCGCUCCGCCCUCCGGCUCGUUCUUGCACCCACCAAUGCCGAGAAGCUCGCCAAC